AUGAACGACACAGUGACCAUCAGAACGAGGAAGUUCAUGACGAACCGCUUGCUGCAGCGAAAGCAGAUGGUGAUUGAUGUUCUCCAUCCCGGAAAAGCCACUGUUCCCAAAACGGAGAUCCGUGAAAAGCUGGCCAAAAUGUACAAGACAACACCAGACGUCAUUUUUGUCUUUGGCUUCAGGACUCACUUUGGUGGUGGGAAAACCACAGGCUUUGGCAUGAUCUAUGAUUCCUUGGACUAUGCAAAGAAAAAUGAGCCCAAGCAUAGGCUGGCCAGGCACGGCUUGUAUGAAAAGAAAAAGACAUCAAGGAAACAGCGCAAAGAGCGUAAGAAUAGAAUGAAGAAGGUCAGAGGAACCGCUAAAGCGAAUGUGGGAGCUGGCAAGAAGUGA